GCUACCACACCCACCAAAAGGAGCAAACCAAACGUAACCAACAAAGCCUAGGGAAGUCUGUGGAACAGAAUCAGUUUAUCGUAACAUUACCAAAUAGAAGCAAGUAACAAAGCAAACAAGAGUUUCUAUAAAAAGUAAUGUUAAGAAACGUUUAGCAAAAUAAUCUGAGCCCUAUUCAAGUAUUACAAGAACAUUGUUGAAUAACGUUUUGGAAGAUCAGUACAACGCAACGUAGCAAACGUUCAAACCCACUACACGCACCCGGCUGGUGUCCUCUCCAAAUAGCAGAGAAACUGGGACAUUGAUGAUGGAGCGCAUGGAAUUAACAACAUUGGGAGAUUGUAACUUCAACACUGCGCUGUAAAUGUUUGAAAAACACAGACACCAGUAUGAGGAAGGCGACCAGGUCAGGGGUCGGCGUAUCCAAACCCACAGCAGGCAGUAAAGCCCAGAUUGGGGAGAGAGUGAAGCCUGAGGGCGCCUCCUCCAACAUGGGCAUAGCCGGGAAGAAUACAGCCAAGACCUCCACCACAGCACCACUCUCUAAGGCGAAGAGCAGUGAUGACCUGCCAUCAGCUACAACUGCUGGGAGCAGCACUGUUGCCAAGACCAAGAAGACUAGCUCUGCCCUGUCUUCGGCCUCUUCCACUACAGGCACCACCAAUCCAGAGAGCAAGAGGAACACAAGUUCAGGCAAGCGGGGGACCUCCUCAGCAUUAAAGGAGCCUGGUCCAUCCCGGGAGGGCAUAAGGGAACGCUCCAGAAGUGGCAUCAGCAGCAGGAAACUCUCCAGACCUUCCGAAACGGUGGCACCACCCAAGCGAGUCCGCAGCCAGACCAUGACUGAUACCGAUACCCGUAUGAGCAAGUCCAAAUCAGACGGGCAGAUCAGCAACAAGACCGUUCUGGAGAGCAGGGUGAAGGACCUACUAGGCCUGGCCCAGAGCAAAGACGUGGAGAUCCUCCACCUGCGCACUGAGCUCAGGGGCAUCCGUGUCCAGCUAGGCCUCCCAGAAGAGGAGGUGGAGGAUGGGGGCAGGAGGGAGAGGGGUGAGGGAGAGGAGACGGCUGAGGCUGAGCCCCCACAGGAACAAGAGAAGGAAUCUCCUACGCCGCUCAUCUCUGCCGACGUGGAAUCCACCCUGUUGCUUCUGCAGGACCAGAACCAAGGAAUACGCGGGGAGCUGAAUAUGCUAAAGAGUGAGAAUCGCAUGCUAAAGGACCGCCUCAAUGCCCUGGGUUUCUCCCUGGAACAGAGAUUCGACACCCCCCCCAAGGCCCUGCGUGGCGCCUCCCUCAACCCGGAGCUUCCGCCGGCCAGCGGGGCAAGUGGUGGAGAUGGCUGUUGCCCACGGGCCACUCUACUCCAGGGCGUGUCCCUAAACGGCUCUGCCUGUGACCUCCUAGACCCCCGACGAACCACCUCGCCCGAGGCGUCCGAUAGCGAGUGCAGUGAGGCCUACCAGCCGAUAACCUCCAGCGACGACGCCUUGGAUGCCCCGUCCGGGUCUGCCUCUGCCUGCGGGUCCAUCUCCGAGUCCGAGGGCGGCCCGCCGGGUCACGGUUCCCGUAGAGGCAGCAGCGGGAACACCAGUGAGGUGUCCGUGGCCUGCCUGACGGAGCGCAUUCAUCAGAUGGAGGAGAACCAGCACUGCACGUCUGAGGAGCUCCAGGCCACGCUACAGGAGCUGGCUGACCUCCAACAGAUCACCCAGGAGCUGACUACCGAGAACGAGCGUCUGGGCGAGGAGCGGGCCCUCUUGGUGGACUCCCUGUGCCAGCAAGGUGACCGGCUGGAGCUGUACGGCCGGCAGGUGGACUACUUCCGGGGCCUGCUGGACGAGCACCGCGUGGCCUACGCCUCGGCCGACGAGGACGACACGAAGAGCGGCCGUUACCUGGAGCUGGAGCGCUGCUACGCGGAGCUGACGGAGGGCGCCCGUUUCGAGAGGGAACAGCUGCUCGGCGUGCAGCAGCACCUGAGCGGCGCACUGAAGAUGGCCGAGCAGGACAACGCUGAGGCCCAGGGCCUGAUCUCGGCGCUGAAGGAGCGGGUGCACGCGGCAGAGAGGCAGGCCGAGAUGGAGCGCCGGGAGAGGGCGGCAGCAGCCGCGGAGCUGGAGGCCCUCAGGGAGGCGGCGGGUGGGGAGCAGGCGGAGCUGGCCCGAUGCAGGGCCCAUCUGGAGCAGGAGAGGCAGAGGGUAGCCGAGCUCUACUCCAUCCACAAUGCUGGGGACAAGACGGACAUCCGCCACCUCCUGGAGAGCGAGCGGAGGGACAAGGAGAGGGCAGAGGUCACGUCUGCUCAGCUGCAGGAGGAGCUGGAAGACACCCGCAACGAGGCCGCCAGGUUACAGGACGGCAUCAGCAAGCUGGAGGAGGACUUCCGUGCGUUCCGCGACGAGGUGCAGAAACAGCUGGCGGAGCAGAAGCGGGCCCUGGCACAGCAGUCUUCGGUGUUGGAGGAGCGGGACUCUGAGGUCUCGGACAUGAAGGAGACCAUAUUGGAGCUGGAGGAUGAGGUGGAGCAGCACCGAGCUGUUAAACUCCAUGACAACCUCAUGAUUACAGACUUGGAGAACACCGUCAAAAAACUACAAGACCAGAAGCAUGACAUGGAGCGUGAGAUCAAGAUCCUACAUCGAAAGCUGCGGGAAGAGUCCAUGGAAUGGCGUCAGUUCCAGGCUGACCUGCAGACAGCCGUGGUCAUCGCCAAUGACAUCAAGUCUGAGGCUCAGGAAGAGAUUGGUGACCUGAGGCGCCGCCUGCUGGACACUCAGGAGAAGAACGAGAAGAUGAGCAAAGAGCUAGAGGAGCUCAAGAACCGAAAGCAGGACGAGGAGAGGGGCCGGGUGUAUAACUACAUGAAUGCCGUUGAGAGGGACCUGGCUGCCCUGAGGCAGGGCAUGGGUCUCAGCCGUCGCUCCUCCACCUCCUCUGAACCCUCGCCCACCGUCAAGACCCUCAUCAAGAGCUUCGACAACGCCUCCACGGCAGGCCCCGUCCCCACCUCCCCCACAGCGUCCGUACCCGCGGUUACCACCGGCGUUCCCCGCACGCCCCUCAGCCCGAGCCCUCUGAAGACCCCGCCCGCCGCCGCCGUCUCUCCCAUCCAGAGGUACGCCGCGUCAACCCCCAAACCCCUGACCUCCAUGGAUAAGAGGUCCAGCUACACAGACCUCAGCAUACCAGCAGAUCACCUGCUCCGGGCCUCGUCUGGGAGCCGCACUCCCUCUGCCCUCCAGAGGGGCCCCAACAUGGACUCCUCCAAGUCCCUUUCAGUGUCCCGCAGGAGCAGUGAGGAGCUGAAGAUGUCUGCCUCGGAGAACACGGUCUCAGCUUCCCUCAUCACUUCCUCCCCCCAGCUGUCCUCCCUCUCCCCGGUGGCUUCAUCACCGACCGCCUCGGUCACCCCCUCUGCUAGGGGACGCCUACGUGAGGAAAGAAAAGACCCCCUGUCUGCACUGGCCAGGGAGUAUGGGGGAUCCAAAAGGAAUGCCCUGCUGAAGUGGUGCCAGAAGAAGACUGAAGGCUACCAGAACAUUGACAUCACCAACUUUAGUAGUAGCUGGAACGACGGGCUUGCCUUCUGUGCUGUUCUCCACACCUACCUACCUGCUCACAUCCCCUACCUGGAGCUGUCCAGCCAGGACAAGAAGAGGAAUUUCACUCUGGCUUUCCAGGCUGCAGAAAGUGUUGGGAUCAAGUCCACAUUGGACAUUGGAGAAAUGGUGUACACAGAGAGGCCUGACUGGCAGAGUGUGAUGACCUACGUCACAGCCAUCUACAAGUACUUUGAAACGUGACCCAUCUUCAGACUUGAACACAUUGCUGACCCACAUGUACGCUGGAUCUCGUGUCUAACCAUAGGACAACCUUAGAUCAACAUCAGUCAAUGCUACCCAGAAAUAAUUCUGGGAAAUCCAAAUUAAGCUUUAACCCUUAAUUACUGUUAAUAUAUUUCAUGUUUACAUGGCAAUAUUUCUCUUGGUUAUUGGUUAUUAUUGCUAAUGCUGCUUCUCAGCUUGACUGAAUAUCUCAGACUAUGAUGUGGAAAGACUGCAGUCCUGGAUAUUGGACAGUGUCUCAAUGAGUAGGCCCCGUCUUUAUUUCAACCUUCUUUGCUCCGCAACUUCCUGUAUAUAAGACUUUUUGAUACUAUCCCUAUGUGAAGCCAGCCUUGUUUGCAGUAGCCUGUAAUAACACCUGGAUCACCUCUGACAUUACACUGCAGGUAGUUGGUGUUUAGCUAAAUGUGUGGAUGGUUUUGAAUUUUGUAUACUGCUGAGAAUAGGAUGGCCUUUUACACUAAAUGCCUUUGGGUUCGUCCAUUGUGUUGGUUCCCUCAGUGACUUGACGGUAAGUGUGCCUUACCUGACCGAGGGUCUUGCUAAAGCCUGCCUAUAGACAUUUUCUUUUAUUGUUUUAGCCCAAUGCUUUGCUGUGAAAUAUAUUCCAAAGAGUUAAUGUAUUUGUGGCAGAUAUCUUGAACAUCAUACUAAUCAGUGCCAUCACCAUGUUUAACUUGUUGAUUUUUGACACUUCUGACAAUGAGCGUUGACCAUUAGUAACAUUGUAAGUAAAUCACAUUGAAGACUUUUUCAACAUGUUUUGUCAGUCUAGCAAUCUGUUGUGUCCAAACCCUGAGUGAUGGUUGGUCACCACAUCAAGCCUCCCAUAAACAGUGAGUUCAGCUGUCCCUGUACCACGCCUGUCCAUGAAUGGGCUGAACAACACCGGAAACUGACCUGAUAAGCUUUCAGUCUGGGCAUUAGACUAAAGGCAUUGUUUACAACUCCACAAAUCCUCCCUAGUUUCAAAGCACAAUGAUGAUAGGGUAGGCACUUUACCACAACAGAAUGGGUUUAAACCUUCGUCAGUACCAAUUUGUACCAACCUUUGAAGGUUUCAAAGCCGUUUGGUGACCUAUGCAGAAAGCCCCUUCUUGCACAGGGAAAUCAUUUCUGCUACCACAAUGUUUACAAUCCUCAGUUUUAGGUAGGAAUUGGUCAAAUAUAGAUUGGCGUAAUAUAUGAAUGAUGUUUCUGUUACAUUAGAAUAGUUCCGUUAUACUAAGAUUCAUGUGAAUAAUUCGUAAACAGUGGUUCUCCAAGGUGUUAUUUCCUCUAAGAUGAACUACACUAAUUGAAAGGGUACUAUUCAUUGCCAAGAUUCAAGGCUAACGUGUGUCCACAUUUUUCCCCAGUGAACUGGUUUGUCCCCUUUUAUUUUUCUGUAAUAAAGUGAAAUUUAGUUCUGUUUGUAAAGUCAAGUAACAUUUGAUGUCUUGAUGGAUAAAAGGUUACCCCUCUGAAGCAAUGA